AUGCAGACGCUCACAGGCGCAGUGGCUCACAAAAGCAAGACGGUCGAAAUUAGCUUCGACGUCGUCGAUAUGGGGCCAAUUAAGGAUAUGAUCCUAGGGCACCCAUGGCAUGUUGCAUACGACCCAGACAUCAGUUGGAAGGAUUGUGGCCACCUGCGUCCUCGGACGCACCCAACCACUGAUGGGAGACCCGGAGCACGGAAGGAAGCAAGCCCCGAUGGCGAUGUUCCUACGGCCCCACCGCAAGCAGUACAAGAAGUUAUGAUUUGUACUAUCGACAAAAGCGGCAAGGUUACGGAAGAAGGGUUAGUGACGUUGGUAGAGGUAUCGACAGUCAACGCGCAGCACAAGUUUGACUAUUACCAGAACCAACAGACGGAAAAGCCGAAGGCGACAAUUCCGGAAGAAUAUCGCGGACAUCCGGCUUUCGUCAGCAAGCACCUUGAAGGACUACCACCACGAGGACCGUGGGACCACGAGAUCAAGUUCAAGGAAGGAGCUAAGCUCAAGUUCUUCAAAGUGUAUCAUACCAACGAGAAGCAGAACGAGGAGUUGAGGAAGUAUUUGGACGAGAACUUGAAGAGAGGGCACAUUCGGGAAUCCACAUCGUCAGCAGGGUACCCCAUCCUCUUCGUGCCGAAGAAAGAUGGAAAGCUACGACUUUGUGUUGAUUACAGGCAACUGAAUCAAGAGACCGUGAGAAACAGUUAUCCCCUACCCUUGAUUUCGCGCAUUCGGAAUCAACUAGGAGGAGCACGAUACUUCACGCGCCUUGACUUACCAGUCGCCUACGCCCACAUUCGCAUCAAAGAUGGCGACGAAUGGGAGACAGCAUUUCGCACGCCCUACGGACAUUACGAGUACCUCGUUAUGCACUUCGGGUUGACUAAUGCACCUGCGACAUUCCAAUCUGUCAUCGACCAUGCGAUUCGACCCUACCUCGACAAAUUCGCCAUUUGCUACCUGGAUGAUAUUCUCAUCUAUUCCGAGACCCUCGAAGAGCACAAGGAACACGUGAGGAAGGUACUGGAUGCACUACACCAGCACAACCUCUCGGUCAACAUGGAAAAAAGUGAAUUCCAUGUGAAGAAAACCGUGUUUCUUGGGUAUCUGAUCUCAGAAAAUGAUGUCAGGAUGGAACCAAGCAAGGUGGAAGCUGUACGGAACUGGCCUGUUCCCAGGAACGCAACCGAUGUACACGGAUUCCUAGGAUUCACCAACUUCUACCGCAUGUUUAUACGCGACUACGGAAAGAUUGCCAGGCCAUUGUAUGAGCUUACCAAGAAGGAAGCCAUUUUCACAUGGGAAAAGGAGGAACAGGAAGCUUUCCAAGCCAUUUUCGACGCAGUCACCGCAGACCCUGUGUUGAAACUUCCUGAUCCAAGCAAGCAAUUUGAAGUUGAGACUGAUGCGUCAGAUUACGCUAUCGGAGGACAAUUGGGACAACGCGACGACCAAGGAAAACUACAUCCGCUAGCGUUCUUUUCGAAGAAACUAGAGGGAUCUCGUCGCAACUACCCAAUUCACGACAAGGAGCUCUUGGCCAUCAUUGAGGCUUUCCAGGAGUGGAGACCAUACCUCAGCGGUACCACCAAGGAAGUGCUAGUCUAUACUGACCACAAGAACCUUAAGUAUUUCACGACCACGAAGGUACUUAACGGACGACAGACGCGGUGGGCAGAGUUCCUAUCAGAAUUCAACUUCCAGAUCAACUACAAGAAGGGAUCGGAGAACGCUCGGGUUGAUGCGCUCAGCCGACGGGCGGACCAUGUGAAAGAUGCAGCCGAAGCUUCUGCACCUUUGUUCCAGGAACAACCGGACGGAUCACUCAUACACCCGCUACAAGAAUGGGUAGAGUGCUGCGCCGUCUAUCGGGCUGAACUACAGGGCCCCAACUAUCAAGCUACCACCGCCACUCCCGAAGAGCGACGGAGGUGGGAGGACAACCCGGAGGAAGGAGUCGCCCUUCAGAACGACAAGCUAUGGUACCACGACAAGGCCUAUGUAUGGCCAGAGCAGCAAGAUGCUCUCAUCCAGGAUAUCCACGCAUCCAAGAUUGGAGGACACAUGGGUAUCACGAAAACCAUAGCACGGAUACGGCAACACGACGACUUUCCCAGGUUGAAAGAUGCGGUGGCUCGAACAUUGCAGGCCUGCGAGCGAUGCAGCAGAACCAGGGUUGCAAGACACAAGCCAUACGGACUUCUCGAACCUCUGGAAGUCGCGGAACGGCCGUGGAGCUCGGUAACGAUGGACUUCACUACCAAGCUGCCGCUAUUCACCGACACCGCCACAGGAGUUACCGGAACGGCUUGCGGACGUGAUCUAUCGAAACGUCACUUCGGUACACGGAUGGCCGAAGGACUGGAUCACGGACAGAGACACCAGGUUUGCAUCCAAAUUCUGGCAGGCAUUGAUGGCCAAGCUCAGUACCAAGAGUAA